CCCUCUGCGGCUCCCUCCGGCGAGCCUCCUACAACCGUGGUCUCCUCCGCUCUGCGAUUCAGCUGUGUAAAGAGUCUAUCAAAGGGAUGGAGAUCGAGUAUAUCGAUAUCUCCCCCCUCCCUUUCCUGAACACUGAUCUCGAGGUUGAUGGAGGGUUUCCUGAGCCUGUGGAGGAGUUUAGAAAGAAGAUUCUUGAAGCUGAUAGUGUUCUCUUUGCUUCUCCCGAGUACAAUUACUCCAUGACUGGUCCUUUAAAGAAUGCUAUCGAUUGGGCAUCCCGAGCACCGAAUGUUUGGGACGACAAGCCCGCUGCCAUCGUGAGUGCAGGCGGUGGGUUUGGUGGAGGAAGAUCCCAGUACCAUCUUCGCCAAGUUGGAGUUUUUCUUAAUCUUCACUUCAUCAAUAAACCAGAGCUAUUCGUCAAAGCAUUCGAGCCCCCACAGAAAUUCGACAGUGAUGGAAAUUUGAUCGAUCCUGAAACCAAAGAAAAAUUGAAGCAAAUCCUGUUAUCUCUGCAGGCUUUUACUCACAGGCUUCAGAGCAAGUAGUGUGUUAGUUCAUCAGACCUAAAGCAUUCAUUGUUUGUAAUUGUUGGGUCCAAUUGAUACUGUGUCUUUGCCUAUUGCUUUGUGUUGAAAUAAGUUGGCUGUGUAAUGUGAACAUAUUCUCCCCACCGAGCUCAGGUAGUCAUUGGUGUAUUGUGAAAUGGAAUAUAAUUUUUAGCUAUAGAAAUUGUAUACCUUGUUGUUGUGAUUAUUGUGGAUAAUAUUUGGAUUGAA